AAUUACUUGUCUUGCAAUGAUCCCGAAAAUGCUUCAUUUAGCAAUUGUUGCAACUUUUUUGUGUGUAUUGAGCGUGCAAUCAACCACGCCUUGUUACAACGAGAAGAAUGAGCCCAUUUUUUGCAAUCCAGAAUUCGCGAACAUCGUUCAGAACUACCGAUCGAGUUUAUUCGCAAACAGUACAUGUGGAUCAGCUCUGAAAGAAGAAAAAGUAUGUCCAGUAUUUUUCUCUGUGAAUACAGUCGGAGCUCUGGACUCUCCAACGCCUCCAUACAACAAAGCAGAGUGUGAGCUCUGUGAUUCCCGAAGUGUAGUCGACGACCGCCAGCAUCCCGUGGAACAUAUAACCAAGUCCACUUACUUCGGAUCCGGAAACCAACUUUGCUGGAUGUCACAACCAGGAGAGUCAAAGCCUGUUAUGGUUGAAAUUGAUUUUGGAAAACUGAUGGAUGCUUUGUACAUAGUGCUUCGUUUCUGCAACGAACCAGCGACUGAUAUUACAAUUCUGAAGACGAGUGACUUCGGAGCUACGUGGUACCCGAUACACUUCAUAAACGAAAACUGCCUGUCUGCGAAAGGUAUAGACCCGGAUGCGGAUGUGAUCCGAAAUGAACCUUCAUGCGGACCUCUGCAAAAGCAACAGAGUCAACUGUUGGGACUCUACAGCGCGGCGCACAAUCAGAGGAAUUAUGACGAUUCUGAGUUGCAAAGUCGUAAACUGGCGACAGGGUUCCGAGUUCUGUUCAAUGGGUACGCACCUGAAACUUCAGUCGAUCAAGCGUACCAGUUUUACUCCCUCGCCAGUAUGGAAGUGGGCGGACAAUGUCAAUGCAACGGGCACGCGAAUCUUUGCGACAGCGAUGGAACUAAAACAAGAUGUGAGUGUCAGCAUAAUACAUACGGAAACGAUUGUGAAUCAUGUCACCCGUUUUACCAGGACCUCCCAUGGCGUGCAGCAAUUCCUAACGAGGGCUUCGAGUGCAAGAAGUGCUCGUGCAGUGGCCACUCGGACGAAUGCUAUUUUGACCAAGAUGUUUUCGACCGCAGUGGAGGCGUGAGCGGGGGAGUCUGUUUGAAUUGCAAGCACAACACCAAGGGAAGGUUCUGUCACCAGUGCGCUGAAGGGUUCUAUAGGACUCCGAAUACCCCAAUUGACAGUCCAGAUGCAUGCUCACCCUGUGAUUGUCACCCCGCUGGAAGUUCUUACAUCGACAGAUGCGAUCCGAUUACAGGAAAUUGUAUGUGUAAACAAAACGUGAGAGGACGAAACUGCGCGACGUGCGAAGAUGGGUACAGGAUCUCGGACGAUAACGACAUGCCUUGUGUGAAAAAUACUUACCGGCCGAAACCGGAACAGGAGAUCCACCCACCCUUCAGUCCCCCGAUCUGGAAACCAGCGGAACCCGCAGAAGCUGGGAUGCUUGCAGACAGUCCUCAAGAGUGUUUGUCCGAGAAGAAUAAAGUGCUGAAGUAUGACGCGUUUUGCAAGUAUGAUGUCGUAAUCAAAGUGUCGGUCGGGGAUAUUGCAGAGAAAACAAGCAACGGAGGGAGCUACAUGUUUGAGUUGAAUGUCCUGGAUCACAUGUACAGUACCUUCGGAGGCCAAAGGUUACCGCCUACGAUUCUAGUGAGUGUUCCUACUGAGCUCGUUUCGUCAUGUAUCUCCUUCCACGACAAGAAUCACAAUUAUUACGUGUUCGCGGGUGAUUGGCUGAAACUUAUGAGCAAGGAGUCCAUGGUGUAUCCACUUACUGGCAGUGAUAUCGUGUUGAAAGCGAAGGGCAGUCUGGACAAUAAAGUGAAAAGAUUCAGAACUAGGAAGUUGAAGGGGAAGAAAUGCAAGUAAUCUGAAGUCGAACUUCCUCGCCACUAUUUGAAGAAUUCAAUCAAUUUCAAUGGAAUCACAAUUU